AUGGUACUCCUUCCCACUACUGCACAGGACAAAUUCCGCGAUCUAGUGCCGUCUACCCUAGAAGGAACAGACUCAAACUUAAUGAUAUUGGCCCAACGUGCCGGCCGCAUGGCUCCACCUCUGCCUUCUUUGCAGGCCCUCUGGCUGCUUAUCGUUCAUCCGGGUUCGCUAGAUCAGAGCGGUGAAACCACACCAGAACCACAUCGAAUGGAACAAUUUACAGUUGAGAGCCAGUCCCCCGGAACACGCCGGGUCCAGGGAGAAGACAGUGCCUUCCCAUCGAAGUAUCGGCAGGUCCAAUCGCUAUCGCUUCUGCGGUCGGUCAGGCUUAGCUCCGAGAAGACAAUCGUCGUUGCCAUGCCGGACAACUCUCUGCUGCUGUAA